AUGGCGGUAUCUAUCGGAUGUGAUAUUCCUUCAGACGAAAGGCUAUUACGCGGUUUUCCGAAAAGUCCUAUAGUGUUAUUAAAUCGUCUAAAGGAAUGCAAUAAGAUAUUUAAAAAUCUUAAUUGUUUUAAUAUUCAUUGUAGAUUUAAACAUUUAAGCGGAAAUUACGAAUGUGCUCAUUGUUCUAAAAAGUACAAGAGACAAACAUUCUUCGAAAGGCAUAAUAAGUUGCAUUGCAACAUAUGUUAUGUACUACAGCAAAACGAACAUCAACUUUUAGAACAUAUAGAUAAAUGUAGAAAUAGCGAACAAGUCAACAAUCAAACUUUAGAAGCCAAUAAAUAUACAUGCGACCUUUGUACAGAUCAGUUUGAUACAAAUUGUGCCAUAGCAUAUCACAAAGCAUUGAUACAUUCGGAUAAUCCCCCAUCUAUUAAAGAUUUGUACUACAUACGAUUCUUUGGUUCCACUAAAGUUUAUGUUUGUUAUUACUGUAAAGAAAGUUCAGUUGAUAAAGAAUAUCUUGAAUCACAUGUAACUGUUCUUCGGGAUAUUAGUAAAACAAAUUUAAAUUAUCCAUCCGAUCAAUGUUCAGAUAGUUUAGAUGUGGAGGAUGAUCUCUUACAACACGAGACGCUACAUACAAUCACUGAUUCUACAGUUACAGCACAGUAUGAAGUUAAAAGAUCUAGUUUAGAUAUAACAGAUUGUAUUCCUAUGUUACCGCAAGAUGAAAAUAUUAAUGAUUUAAAUCCAGAAACAAAUAAUGCGGUUACAAAUGUUGAAAUAUCAAGAAAUACAAAUAACGUCAUUACAUAUGAAGAAAAACUAAGUGAUAUAAAUAAUCUGAUUUCAAAUGCAGAACAGUUUACAAAUAAUGUAGUUUUAAAUAAUAAUGUAGAAAACCAGAAUAAUAAAAACCCUGAAAGAAAUGAUGCUGCACAAUCCAAUCAUGAAAUACCAACUUUAUUAGAAAAUGUAGAGUAUGAAUCACAUAUACAAUCCACAGUACAAAAUAGAGAUUUAAAUAAAAGUACAGAUAGCAAUAUGAAUGGACUUACAAAUGGGACAAGAAAAAAAACACUUAUCCAGUCGAAUACUCAGAUUUUGAAGUACCACUGCAAGAUGUGUGAGAAAUAUUUUACGACAAACUUUGCUUUGUUGAGACAUAUGAAGGUACAUCAUAUAUUGCAAAGUUUAUCUUGCAAGUUGUGCAAAGAGGUCGUCUCUGAAUCAUCGCAAAUACAUAAAUGUCCAGAAAUAGAACCUGUCAGGACUAAAUUAGAGACUGAAAGCACUGGUGAAGAUGGUAAUGAUACUAUUGAAGGUAUGGAUAUUGAAUAUCAAGUGCCUAAUUCACUUCCGAUCGAUCGAUUUCCUGUAAUUAGAAAUAUGAAAAGCUUACAAGAAGAACUAGUUUUUAAUAUUGUUGUACGUGAGGUGCCCGUCGAAUUCUAUUCUGUUUAA